AUGCAGGUGUGCGUCCUGGGUGUCGACAAAGAACGUGCUGGGUUUAUCCCUCUAGCAGUGAAAGAAACACGGGGGUCAACUCCAGUCAAGAAGUUGUCCGUGGACUCGUUCUUGUUGUCCGUGACGAUCCCCCCUUGCAGCAGUAGCGAGACAAGAGAGGGAGAGGGAGGGGAGGGAGAGAAGGGAGAGAAUCAGGGGGUUAACGAGAGAGAGAGAGGCAGAGAGGAGAAGAAGCAAGCGGGAGAAGAGGAGUCCAAAAAGAAAGGAAAAGAAAAGAAAAGCAAAGAAAUCAAGAAAGAAACGAAGAAGCGAGACCGAGAGGUACAGGGCGGCGUAUGCGAGCAAGCAAGGGGGCCUGUGAGGGCGGUGGAUCUCCACGCCCGCGAGCCCGCCGAGACGAGCGAAACUGGACGGUUCGUGGGUAGCGGCGUUCGGAGGGAGUUAAAUAUCAGAAACCCACCAAUAUCACGAAGAGGACGUGGGAAGACGGCGGCGGCGCGAUGGGGAUCAGCCUUUUCCGCCUCGAUCCCUCUUCGACGGUGA